AAAAAAUACUCGGGAACUCAAUUCUUCUAUUCCUUAUUUUCCCGCAUAGAAGCCGAAUCCAAGCGCCUUCUCCCCAAUACGUUCAUUUCUCAUUUUAGACUUCCAGACGCCAGUGCGCGUAACAAAACCAGAACGUUCUAGGGAUUUCAUCUGAGUUUUCUCUCUCUGAACUAGUUUGAGCUUUGGCAAUGGCGGCGGAGCCCAAGGCAGCGACUGAGGAGGCAAAGGUCGAUUUGUUCGAGGACGACGAUGAGUUUGAAGAGUUCGAAAUCAAUGAAGAGUGGGAGGACAAGGAGGAAGGAAAACAAGUGACACAGCAGUGGGAAGACGAUUGGGAUGAUGAUGAUGUUAAUGAUGACUUCUCUCUGCAGCUGAGGAGGGAAUUGGAGAACAAUACGGAGAAGAACUGAGCUAAAAGUUGCUUAUUCUCUAGCUGCCCUUUUUCAAAUCUUAGUGUAUGCACGUUAUAUUGCUCAAAGCACCAUAAGAACUUGUGUGAUGAAUCUUUUGAUCCCUAUAACUAUCGAAAUUUACCCCCAAGGUUAGCUUAUU